UACAACUUCCUGAAUUUUAUCUCUAUCAUGUUAUGUUCUUAUGGAUGGAUGGAGAAUACAAAACAAUAUCUUCGAGCCUUGGGAGUUGGGAAGUCUCUUAUUAGUUGUUAGGUUGCAGAGAGACUCUUAAGACUGAGAAAUAGAGAUACAGGAGAGAUAUGGGAAGAGCCUUUGUCUAUGUGAUUCUUGGUGGAGGUGUUGCUGCUGGUUAUGCCGCACUCGAAUUUUCAAAGGCAGGAAUCUCUCAUGGUGAACUCUGCAUCAUAUCUGAAGAACAGGUUGCACCCUAUGAAAGACCUGCACUAAGCAAAGGCUAUUUACUUCCUGAAGAUCCUGCACGUCCCCCAUCUUUUCAUACCUGUGUCGGUGCAAAUGAGGAAAGGUUGACUCCAAAGUGGUACAAGGAACAUGGAAUCGAAUUGGUUCUUGGAACUCGAGUUAAAUCUGCUGAUGUCAGGAGGAAGACUUUACUAACAGCUGCUGGAGAAACUAUAAGUUAUAAGAUUCUUAUCAUUGCAACAGGUGCUCGGGCUUUGAAGCUUGAAGAAUUUGGAAUAAAUGGAUCAGGUGCAGAAAAUGUAUGUUAUCUGCGAGAUCUAGCAGAUGCAACCAGGAUUGUUGAUGUGAUGCAAUCUUGUGUUGGUGGGAAUGCUGUUGUCAUUGGUGGUGGCUACAUUGGUAUGGAGUGUGCUGCUUCUCUGGUGAUAAAUAAGAUAAAUGUAGCCAUGGUCUUCCCAGAGGCACAUUGCAUGGCCCGUUUGUUUACACCGAAAAUCGCAAGUUACUAUGAGGACUUCUACAAGUCAAAGGGAGUGAGGUUCCUUAAGGGAACAGUAUUGUCAUCAUUUGAAAAUGACUCCAGUGGGAAGGUAACAGCAGUUAUCCUUACGGAUGGGACUCGACUAAUGGCAGACAUGGUUGUGGUGGGAAUUGGAAUCCGUCCAAACACAAGUCUUUUUGAGGGCCAACUAACUUUGGAGAAGGGUGGGAUCAAAGUGAAUGGACAUAUGCAAACGAGCAACAGCUCAAUCUAUGCUGUGGGAGAUGUUGCAGCUUUUCCAGUCAAACUCUUUAAUGAGAUUCGUAGACUUGAGCAUGUUGACUUGGCACGGAAGUCAGCAAGGCAUGCCGUUGCUGCAAUAAUGACACCAGACAAGUUGGGUGACUUUGACUACUUGCCAUUCUUCUACUCCAGAGUCUUCACAUUGUCGUGGCAGUUCUAUGGGGACAAUGUUGGGGAGGUUGUUUAUUACGGAGAUUUCUCUGGGAAAUCUUUUGGAGCUUAUUGGAUUAACAAGGGUCAACUUGUAGGAUCAUUUCUGGAGGGUGGAACCAAAGAUGAGUACGAGGCUAUAGCUAAGGUCACCAGGCUCAGGCCCAUAGUUGAGGACAUUGCAGAGCUAGAAAAACAAGGUCUUGGUUUUGCAUUGUCAGUUAGUCGGCAACCACCACCUCCACCACCACCACCUGUCAAAAUUACCAAUUCAAGCAUUGUGUUGGAGACGCCGGUGUACACUUGGCAUGCUACAGCUGGGGUAGUUGUUGCUGCCUCAAUUGCGCUGUUUGCGUAUUGGUAUGGGAGGAGACGCCGCCGGUGGUGAAGUUGUUUUCUUGUUGAGAAAUGUC